AUGGCGGACCGGACCGGAAACGGCGCGCAGCCUGUCUGCGCCGCCGGAGGCCCCGACUCUAUGGUCGCUCCGGGCGCUCGGCCGGCUCCUCCCGGCGGCCCCCGCGCAUGCGCCGGUCCCAAGAUGGCGGCGCCCAGAGCGGCCGCCCGGCUCGUGCUGCGGGCGGGGGGCAGAGCCCGGCCCGCCCCCGCCCCCGCCGGGGCCCGCCUCCUGUGUGCCUGCCCCCGCAAGUACGAGGCGGUGCGGGGGAAAGCGCGGGGCGCGACCCGGGCUGAGACCGAGGCGCUGAGGGCCGCGGCCGGGCCCUUGAGCGCGGAGCAGGCGCUGCGGUUGUUGGAGGCCUCGGUCGUCCACCGCGAAGGAGCGCUCGUGGCCCUCAGCAAGCCGGUGGGGCUGCCCGUGGCAGGAGGGGCCGGGGCCGGGGCCGGGGGCCUGACCUCGCGCCCUGCUGCGGGCAGCCCGGGGCAGCUGAGCCUGGAGGCGCUGCUGCCGCAGCUGAGCCAGCGCCUGGCCCUGUCGCCCGAGCUCCACAUCGUCAGAGCCCCCGGGAAGGAGAGCUCCGGCCUCGUGCUCCUCUCCACCUGCCACGCCACCACGCAGCGGCUCCAGGAGUUCUUCGUGCGGGCCCGGCGGACGGGGCGCCCUCCUGCCACGUACUGUGCUGUCACGGUCGGGGUCCCCGCUGACUCCCAGGGGGAAAUCCGCACAGGGCUGAAGCUGGCGCAGGUCGGGGAUGCGCGGCUGGUGGUGCCGGUGGCGGCGCCGUCCCAGGGCAGCGUGGCGAGGAAGGAGGUGAAGAAAACCCGGACGUGCUACACUGUGCUGGGCUCUGCGCACGGCUGCUCCCUCCUGCAACUCCAGCCAGUGACAGCCUUCUCUAGCCAGCUCCUGGUGCACCUGACGCUGCUGCUGUGCCCCGCGCUGGGUGACCACGUGUACUCGCCCCGGGUGGGCGCAGUCCUGGGGCAGUCCUUCCUGCUGCCAGCAGAGAGCACGCCUCCCUGCACACAGGUCCUGCCUAAGCAGGUGCUUGACAGGCUGCGCCUCACACAGCAGCAGGUGCAUCUUCUGCCCUUGCAUCUCCACCUGCACCAGCUGCAGCUCCCGGCAGUGGUCCUGGCUGCACCUCCCCCGCCCUUCUUCCUGAGGACGCUUCACUGCCUGGGGCUGCCUACACACCUGGAGCCGCAGGGUGGCUGCAGGCAGUAGUGGCUCCAUGAUGGCCUGUGACCUGCCUUCUCCCAGAGACUUUCUGCCCUAGGCAGUGGCAGAACAGAGGGGCUGCCUGGGCUGGGGCUGGUGUUCCUGGGAUGCUGCCUGAGCCCUAGAAGUGUAUAGCCAGGAACACGUUUCCCUGCUCCUCAUCUCGGAGGCAGGGGAGGGGUCCGGGCCCCUUGCCCUACCCCACCUGCUGCCCUAGUCUUUCCUGUUGUGCAUCCUUGGGCCCCUGCUCUUACCUCCCAAGGCCCUUGGGUGUGGGGCUGAGCCCAGGCAACACCUGCUGUUUGUGGGGCGCGUGGGGAAGGGAGGUGAUCGCCUGCACCCCCAGCUGUCCCUGCAGCCGCUGUGAACACUGAAUAAAGCAGAGCUCUGCUUGC